AUUUCGAAAAACAUGGCGUCAGAAUCGGCGGCGGUGGUCGCAGCUGCAGAAACGGAGACUGGAGAUGGUGAUGCUUCUUUCGGCGAGCUGCCAGCCAGCAUGGACACAGAGUCAUCCAACGGCAAAGAGGGGACGGAGACGGCGGGCGAAGGUUCGGAGCCUGCUGACGCUCUCACUGGAUCUGGAGAUGAGGAGAGCGGGAGGCAGCUGGGGGAGGUGGAGCUGCAGUGCGCCUUGUGUACGAAGUGGUUCACCGCCGACACGUUUAGCAUCGACACCGCGACCUGCCUCCCAUUCAUGACCAACUAUGUGUUUCACUGCAACGUGUGUCAUCACAGCGGCAACACGUACUUCCUCCGGAAACAAGCCAACCUGAAGGAAAUGUGCCUCACAGCGCUGGCAAACCUCACAUGGAGGUCCAGAACACAAGACGAGCACCCAAAAACCAUGUUCUCCAAAGACAAGGACAUCAUUCCGUUCAUCGAUAAAUACUGGGAGUGCAUGACAACUCGCCAGAGACCGGGGAAGCUCACCUGGCCCAACAACAUUGUGAAGACAAUGAGCAAAGAGAGAGACGUUUUUCUUGUGAAAGAGCACCCUGAUCCUGGCAGUAAAGACCCUGAAGAGGAGUAUCCCAAGUUUGGCCUUUUAGACCAGGACCUGGGGAACAUCGGACCUUCAUAUGAUGCACAGAAACAAUCCACUGGAACCCCCACAGCUACUGGGCUCAAUGGUGGAUCUUCUUUCUCAGGUGCUUUGGCUCCUGGUCCGGGGAAAGGAAGAGGAGCCAAACGUAAACAGCAGCAGCAACAGGAGGGCGCGACCACGGGAGCGGCGAAAAGAACGCGAAGCGACCCUCUCUUCUCCGCCCAGCGGCUGCCUCCUCACGGUUACCCCCUGGAGCAUCCCUUUAAUAAAGACGGCUACCGCUACAUUCUGGCAGAACCAGACCCUCAUGCUCCAGACCCAGAGAAGCUGGAGCUGGACUGCUGGGCCGGCAAACCCAUCCCCGGUGAUCUGUACCGGGCCUGUCUGUACGAGAGGGUGCUACUGGCCUUACACGACAGAGCGCCUCAGCUGAAGAUCUCGGACGACCGCCUGACGGUGACGGGGGAGAAGGGUUAUUCCAUGGUCCGAGCGUCCCACGGCGUUCGGAAAGGCUCCUGGUACUUUGAGGUUUCCGUGGAAGAAAUGCCUCCAGACACUGCAGCCCGACUUGGCUGGUCUCAGUCGCUGGGGAACCUGCAGGCUCCUCUUGGUUACGACAAGUUCAGCUACUCGUGGCGCAGUAAAAAAGGCACCCGCUUUCACCAGUCCAUGGGGAGGCACUACUCGUCGAGCUACAGUCAGGGAGACACGCUGGGCUUCUUCAUCGAGCUGCCGGACGGCACAGAGACGGCCAAGGCUCUGCCCGAUACCUACAAGGACAAGGCGCUCAUUAAGUUCAAGAGCUACCUUUACUUUGAGGAGAAGGACUACGUGGACAAAGCGGAGAAAAGCUUGAAACCCACGAGCCCCAGCAAGAUGAUUUUCUACAAAAACGGAGCGAGCCAAGGCGUGGCCUUUGAGAACCUGUUUGAAGGCAUGUACUUCCCCGCCAUCUCCCUCUACAAGAGCUGCACGGUUUCUGUCAACUUCGGGCCACAUUUCAAAUAUCCUCCGAAGGACAUCAAGUACCAGCCGAUGAGCGACAUGGGCUGGGGGGCGGUGAUCGAACACACCCUCUCCGACAUGUUGUACCAUGUGGAGACGGAUGUGGACGGACGCCGCAGCCCUCCGUGGGAAGGAUGAGCCUGCCCUGGACCCGCUACCGCCACAUCCACGGUCGCCUUCAGACGGUGGACUUCACCGUUGACGCUGCAGUGGCGCGGAGGUCAGAGAAGCAACAUGUCAGCUUCUAGUGUUCCCAGACUGCAAGUAAAAUUCACUUUAAACAUGAUUACGUCAAGUUAACAAGGGCCGGCCGUGUCGGGUCGUCGUCAGAGCCGUGGGAGUCGUUCCUCAGGAGCUCAGAUCUCCUGCUCCCAAAAUUUUAAGUUAAAAGUGGCCCGAUGUUGAUGUGCUGGCUGUCUGAGGUCUAACGACUGACCGUUCCACAGAUGGAGGUGGAAUCCACGGUCUUCAGCGUCUUUGUGUUUCUCUUCAUUUGAUUUCUCUGUUAGUGUGUGCCACAAAUUUUUUUGUUUUAUACUGGCUUAAUUAAAUAAAAAAAAAUUUCAUGGA